GCCAGAGACACCACGAACCAUACACGCGGGACUUGUGCGAUGACGAAAUCUGCAACAUAUGGUUCUUAGAAAGAUGCACAUUUACGGAAGCGAGGACCAUUCCUCGAUGCCGCAGAGACGCGAACGAAACCAACUCAAUAAGCAGUUUUCCUUAGCCGAUAUCCUAUGAUCAUGCACGACUUUCUACCUGGAUACUUCGUAUUGUAAAAUAGGCCUUGUUCCAGACGGGUUACUACGGUCCAGCGCCCAAGGUAAUCAAUAAAGGACCCUGGAAUGUGAUAAGGGCGAGGCGUUCCCGCAUCAGGCGAUGUCCACUUUUCAUCCAGCAUCCAGUCACUGGAUCCAUUGCUGAAUCAAUUCAGUCAGGCCUUUUCUCUUCGUCAAUGCUGCUGGAUGGAUUCGGGCAGACUGGUCGACCUCGCCAAUGCUGCUGAAUUCAUACAGUCAACCCUUCCGAGGAGAACGUUUCAUGUUGUUAAGCUCACCAGGAGCAAGGACGAGAGGAUCCAGGACGAUAAUUGAACUGGGUCUGGGCCUCUCUGCUCCACCAAUUCACUUGCACCAAAGUCGAGGGGACAAUAAAGGAGUAUUGACGCUCUAAAAUAGACACUCCCGCGGCACGGUUGAAUCAUCGGCCUUUGGCGCGUCAUCACGUGAAAUUACAACCACCUGGUGUUGACGAGGAAGAGAGAGGCGGGCGGUCAAUAUGGAGGGGAGACUUAACGCCAAAACGGAUGUCUAUUCGAGGUUGGACAAACACUUCUCCUGACGAGAAAGCACUGGCCAACCGAUGUCGAAAGGCUUUUUAGAAUGGCAUAUCCGGAAAUAUCCUCCCAAUGACCUCAUACUGAGAAGAAAGGUAUUGGGUUUACAUGAUUGGCCAACGCUGAUUGACGACCUCCUGCCGCUGUUCCACGGAGUGGAGGAGUGGCCAGAAGCCCUCAUGCAGAAGCUCUUGAAAAAGAUCCAAAACAAGAUGCCGCUGAUCCAUAAGCGCCAGGAGCACCAAAGGCUCAUGUCGAAGCAACGACACGACCAGGCCGCCAGAGAGCGACGUGCACAGGUGACGAACAAUGCUCGAUUCAACACGGAAGACGGUGAGAUGGUCCAGACCUACGACACGGAGUCGAACGGCCCAAACCCAAAUCCAAAUCCUCCUGCUCAUCCAGAGCCUCAACCGCAAACUCGCCUAAACAUUCCUCUGGAGCAAUAAGGCAGGUGGAGGGCAGGCAUGGGGCCUCGGCAUGAAUCGCUCUUCGACGGCGAUCAUUCAGAUCUGCACGAUAUGGUCCUGUGGGAAAUAUUCCAACACGACCAGGCUCGUUAGAUCGUUUCUGAGGUUGGAUGCUUUGCUGUUCUUUUACGGUCAUCUGGGAGGAGGUUGGCGGUUGGUCAAAUUUGUCUUUAGCUAUGGGUGGGUGUUUUGAUAGACAUGGUAGCUUGUAUAAUGAUCAUCCGUUGGUGCCUUGCUCGGGAUACCGUCACUGUGAAGGGCAGUCCAAACAGAUGUGGUGCCAGA